AUGGAGGCUACGCGGAGGUCGCGGCUGAGUCUGAGCCGCCGGAAGCCCCCCUCGGGGGCCAGGCCUCCGAGCAAUCCCCCCGGGUCCCUCCCGGACGGCAGCGAGUGCGCGAAGCUGUGGACUCAGUUGCUGCGCACCGCAGGCGCAGACCUGAACGUGAACGGCGAGCUGCCGCCGCUGCCCGCCUUCCCCGGCCAGGAGCCCAGCCGCAGCCCUGAGCGCCCGCCGCCGGAAAGAUUCACCGUGGGAACCGAGACCUUCUUCUGGACGCCUUUCCCGCCGCCCCCGCCGGGGAGAGGCGGGGACUCGGGCGGCUCCGACCUUGUGCUCAGCGCGGUCCGGGGGCGCACGGGGCCCCCCCCAAAACACCCAGCGCCCCAGCUCCGCGGAACCCCCAGCGCUGAGGAGCAGCCGUCGGAGGAGCAGCCCUCCCAGCGACAGCCGUCCGUGGACGCGGCGACAACCCUGCAGAGCUGUCCCAUGUGCCAAGUCGACUUCGCCCCCGGGCUGGCGCAGCUGGAUGUUGACAGCCACCUGGCCCAGUGCCUGGCAGACAGCACGGACGACAUAGAGUGGUGA